UAGCUUACGGUUUGGUCUCAGAGGAAGGGGAACGAAGGAACAUCAAAUCGAAGAGGUUAGGAUCUCGAAUUCCAUCAUAGCAUAGGGUUCAUUAGAGCUAAGGAAGGAUGGAUUGUGACAGUAAUAGAGGAUUGAUCGCUUAUUACCGAAGUAGACUGUAUGAGACGGUGAAUGAUCCUUCAAAAGCUUCAAUAGUUGCGUGGAGCGAGAGCGGCAAGAGUUUCAUCGUUGGGGAUGAAGUGGAGUUUAGAAAAGCUGUUCUUCCGAGAGAAUGCCUUGUACACUUGGGCUUUUCACAAUCUCAUGAGCAAUGCGAAUACGCAUGCCCUUAUUUUAUGAGAGGUCAGCCUGACCUUAAACCGUCGUCGCAAGACAAGCUCAUCAGAAAGAUUGAGACCAACAACAAGGGCUUGAAUGAUGGACGUAUUCGCUUUAGCAGCCUUUCGUGCUACAAAGAGAUUUGUAGGCUUGCCAAGAAGGAGCGUCCCCCUUCCUCAUCAAUUCGACGCCCUCCUCCCCUUUUCAUCAGAGGUGUGUACGAUAUGGUGGAUGAUCCUUCAACUGAUUCAGUUGUCUCGUGGAGUGAGAGCGGCAAGAGUUUCAUCGUUUGGAAUGAAUCUAAGUUUCUCAGAGAUGUUCUUCCUAGUCGCUUACCCUUCGAUUACAAAGAUAUGACAUCCCUCACCACCUGGUUGCAUGCCAUUGGCUAUAGUAAAGUUGAAGAAUCUGAGCAUUGGGAAUACACAGCCGAUUAUUUGGUGAGAGGUCAGCCUCUCCCCCCUAAGGAUACAUCCCCAUGCACUCCUGGGGGUCUUAUGAUUACUCCAGAAUUUGCCAGAAUCAUCGAGAGGUCCUUUGCUUCCCCGAAGGCUGGCAAACAAUAAGCUCUGUCAGUUCGGUUCGCUGGAGUUUGCUCUGCUCUCGUGGUUGUUGUUGUUUUCUUAAUCGUAUUUUAUCGUCCUAUUUGAAAACGUUAUGUUUGGUCUCUUUUUUCUUUUAACUUAUGGUUUGUAAGAUAAGAUGGUUGAUGUUUUUCUUUUUCUUUUGCAUUUUAAUAAGAAAGAUCAUUAUGAUCUUUUAGUUCUGUUGACACAAAAUACCUGAACUGAAAGCUUCUCUCUGUUUUGUGGACUUAAUCUAUUUUAUCGUGUGCUUUGAGUAAAA